AUGACCUAUUCCUUUGCUGUGUGCAGUACUGAAGAGGUUAAACCCAAGCCCAUCCCCAGUCUAGAGUAUAUAGCAGCAAAGCUGAUCACCUUCUCCUGCACAGUGCAGCUGUACACCCUGAGAGAGGCGGCUAUGGCUUCUGUGUCUCUGCUGCUCCUGAGCUUGCUCUCUCUGUAUGGGACUGCUGUACUAGCGGAAGAAAACAGUGUAGAUGGAUUUCCUUCCUUUUGUGGCAGCUACCAGUGUCCCAAGUAUCAAGUGCUGAAGAAUUACAAUACUUUCGAGCUUAGAAGGUACGAUAUGACUCGCUGGGUGACAACACAACUAGAUAAUGAUGUAUUUGGCUUUGGAAUAAUAAAAAGCGUCAAGCGCCUGUUUAACUACAUUAAUGGGGUGAAUAAGCAAGGUGUAUCUAUUAAAAUGACUGUCCCUGUUCGUGUUUCGGUACCAUUGAAUGAUCCUACCAGUAAUGCCACAAUAUCUUUCUUUCUGCCAUUGACACUAGUGGAUCCUCCCCAACCCAAUGACCCAUCUGUUUUUUUGGAAAGCUAUCCUGAAACACAUUAUUUUGUCAGGUCUUUCAGUGGCUAUGCGCUGACGUCUAACUACGAGAAAAAGUCGAAGGCUCUCUCAGAAGAGCUAGACUACUUAGCUAUAAAUUAUGAUGUGAAUGUUGGUAUAGCAGCAGCCUACAAUGAUCCCCUUGUAUUUUUUAACCGACACAAUGAAGUUUGGUUUAGGUCUCUAAACCAGUAAACAUGGAACAAACUCACACUGCAUCAGAACUACAGUUUAAUGUGCACAGUUGAGUAGAUUAUUUUCCGGAUCUUUAUCACAAUAGCCUUAAGCCAUAUUUACUGUACUGUUGUCUUUCUGAAAGUGGAGUUGUAAUGUUUUCUUUUCUUAGCAUUUAUGUAAUUAUCACCAGAAUCUGUUGUAAAUUGACUAUCCUUACCUUAUUGUAUCUGAGCACACAUUUGUAUCUAAAAAUGAAUUUAUAUAAAUGUGUUAUAUUGUAAUGUAAGGAUUGAUUUUUAGAGUUCAUGACUUUAUACUGAGUGUAGCAACAAUGAAAUAAAACCUUGAUGUAUUUAAUUAAAGUGUACCAACUAUGCAA